AUGACGACUCCACCGACGUCGACGCCGACCCUCCGCCGCAUAUUUGGCUCUCCUCCUCCGCCGCCGCCGGAGCUCCCCACCGCCUCCUUUUCAGCGCCGCCGAGCUCGUGGCUCAACUCGACGGAGCGUCUCGUCCACCAGUUCGCGAAGGCCUUGUCCGUGCGGAUCAGCCGCCACCUCGAACAACAAUACCAGCCGCAACCCCGACUGCAACCGCAAUUUUACGACAUGAUCGCUAGUAAUUCCACGGUGUUCACGAGCAGCAUAUGCAAGGAACAUUUCUUGCCAUGGACCAGCAAUAAUAAUAACAAUAUCAACAGUUCCUCGUCGUCUUCUUCGGUUGAUGAUGAUUUUUUCCAAUCUUGUUACCUAUGGGUGAAUCAGAUAACGCCAUUUAUCCGAUUCAGCCACUUGACGGCGAAUCAGGCCAUACUCGACGCGACGGAGACGACGAGUACGAACCACGCCGGAGUCGGUGCCGUUAUACACAUUCUCGACUUGGACAUCACUCAAGGCCUUCAAUGGCCUCCAUUCAUGCAAGCCCUAUCAGAGCGAUCCUCCACAAACCCUAGCCCCGUCCACGCGCCUUCUCCACCUAUUCUCCGGAUCACCGGCUGUGGCCGCGAUUUAACCCGUCUUAACCGGACAGGAGACCGGUUAUCCCGGUUCGCCCACUCGCUCGGACUCCGGUUCGAGUUCCACCCUCUCCUGCUCCACGACGGCGAUCCGGCCAGUCUCGCCUUGCGGCUGCGCGAUCCGGAGAGUCUCUCCGUCGUCCCGGAAGAGAUUUUGGCCGUAAACUGCGUCCAUUACUUGCACAAUCUCGUCACCGAUGAUCCAAGAGACAUACGUAUGGUUUUGUCGGCGAUCAAAGCCCUAAACCCUAGAAUCGUGACGGCGGCCGAAAGAGAGGCGAACCACGGAGCCACAGCCUUCGCGCAGAGAUUCUCGGAGGCGGUGGAUCACUACGCGGCGGUUUUCGAAUCGCUGGAGGCGACGCUGCCACCGAACAGCCGGGAGAGGCUGACGCUGGAGCAGUGGUGGUUCGGUCGGGAGAUUAUGGAUAUUAUUGCGGCGGAGGAGGCGGAGAGACGUCAGAGACACCAGAGGUACGAGGUUUGGGAGGCCAUGUUCAGGAGCUCCGGCUUCUGUAAUGUUCCGAUCGGUGGUUUCGCUUUGUCUCAGGCAAAGCUUCUCCUAAGGCUCCAUUAUCCUUCCGAAGGUUACAAGCUUCAGUCCCUCAAGAACUCUCUCUUCCUUGGUUGGCAAAACCACCUUCUUUUCUCUGUUUCUUCGUGGCGGUGAUCAUAGAUUCGAAACAAAGAUCGCAGAAACAAAGGAACAACAAAAGAACCCGAGAAAAAAAAAAGGGUUAAAAACCCUAGAUUUUAGGUGUACGAGUGAAAAUAUGAAUCGAUCACUUGUUGCCGUGAUCCGAUGUAUGAAUGAAUGAGUGUUUUUAGUCAGGUCAAGAGAUGAUUUUGUGGCGGCUCCGGCGACCAUCGGCGGAGAGAUCUGUGGCGCCGUGCAAAUCUUGGCUUAUGGGUCUUUCUUGGGAAGCUCAAAGAAAGAGACAACCUAAUCUUUGUGUUUUAACCUACUAAUUCUAUUUUUCAAACUCAAAAUCUUGUUGUACCGUUUGUUAUAUAUUAUCCCAUUUGUCUCUUCCUCAUGACAUGACCCAUA